AUGCUCUUCUAUUCCUUUUUCAAGUCCCUUGUGGGCAAGGAUGUGGUUGUGGAAUUCAAGAAUGACCUGAGCAUCUGUGAGAUCCUCCAUUCUGUGGAUCAAUAUCUCAACAUCAAACUAACCAACAUCAGUGUCACAGACCCUGAGAAAUACCCUCACAUGUUAUCAGAGAGGAACUGCUUCAUCUGGGGCUCAGUGGUCCACUAUGUGCAAUUGCCCGCAGAUGAGGUGGACAUGCAGUUACUACAGAAUGCAGCGAGGAAGGAGACCCUGCAGCAGAAACAGUGACGACUCCUCCUCUACCCCCUUUCCUCUUCCAUUGGUGGUCCUUGACCUGGUGUCCCAGCCCAGGACCCCUCCUUCAUACUUUAGAUGUUUAUUGUUUUUCAGUAGUGAAUACGCUUUUUUUAAAAAGGGAUGAGUAGAUGAGAAGACUAAUUAGUGAAGAGCAGCAAUCCUCAGUGAGAAGGGAAAGAUAAGUUGUCUGGGAAACUGCAGUGUUCCUGGUCCC